AUGUCUUGUUGCUGUGGUAAAAAUACAGAUGGAACUGAUCCUAAAAAAAUAAUAUCUGAUCAUUCAGAUUCAUCAUCACAACGACCUAUUAUUCCAGUAAAUAAAUCUCAGAAUUCUAAGAUUGAAUAUUCUAUUACGGUUAAAACAGGUGAUUUUCUAAAUUCAGGCACCAAUGGACCUGUCUAUGUUAAUAUAUUUGGUCGAGAUAAUAAGCAAACUGAAGAUUUAUUAUUAUCAGGAAAGGAUCAACCAUUCUCACAAGGUAGUACAAUAAAAUUUCAAAUUAAUGCCACCGAUAUUGGUAAACCACAACGUAUUAUUAUUCGACAUGAAGACAUUCUAACUGGGUGGUAUGUCGAUUAUGUAGAAAUAUCUGUUCAUAAUUUUUUGGUUAGAUUUACUGCUAAUCGAUGGCUAAGUGGAUCGAAAAAUGAUCGUAAAUUAGAUGCUGAACUAUUUGGUACUGAACAACCAGCGGUGACAUAUAAUAUAGAAGUUCAAACCGGUGAUAAACAAGUUGAACCAUUGGAUUCACCUGUAUACAUACAAAUAUUUGGAACAACAACUGCAACACCGAAACUUUUUCUAGAAUCACAACAAGAUUCAUUUACAAAAGAUUCAACAUCUGAAUUUACUGUCGCAAGCAAUAAUGUUGGAGAAAUCCAACGAAUUAUAAUUGGUCAUGAAGGAUUAGGUAAAGUUAAUGAUUGGUAUUUAAAAAAGAUCAAAAUUCAAAUGCUUGCACAACAACAAGAAUAUAGUAUUAAUAAGUGUUUAAGUUCAACACAAGGUGAUCAACGAUUAUUUGUUGAGUUAUCUCAAGCAAAUCUUCGAUCACCGUCUAGUAAUGCAAAAAAUAAAGUCGUCGUCGACAUUAGAAAUAAUUUUAUGAGUUCAUGUUUUCUUUUAGGUCCUUCGGUCUAUUUAGUAACAAUUCAGACAGCCGAUCUGUCUCAAAGUAAAACUACUGAAAAUGUUGAAAUGAUUGUUCGUGGUUCCGCAGGACAAAUUGCUAAACUAUUAUUAAAAGGCUAUGCACAGAUUCUUGGUGAAAAUAUUUUUCAACAAGGAAAUUCAGAUGCAUUUGAAAUAGAACAUGAAGACAUUGGAAAUAUUGAAAAUAUAACGAUUGGUUUUAGUGAUAGUAAACAACAAGUAGCUUGGCUAUUAGAAUAUGUCGAUAUAAAAUACAAGGAAACUUUCUAUCGUUUUCAAGCUCAUUGUUGGCUGUCAAGCCGUCUAGGACCAAAUUUUAGUUGGAUGACAAUCAAACCUGACACAACAGAGGACGAAAUUAAUUACAAGGUUAUCAUUGAAACUGGCGAAUCGAAUAUUAAUGCUAAUGUUAUAUUAUGCAUUUAUGGUGAUGAAAAUACAACAACAAAUUUACCAUUGAGAACAACGAAAGAUGGUUCUGACGCAAAAUUUGACCAAGAUAGUAUUCUUGAAUUUGAUCUAAGGGCAACUGAUGUUGGAAAAAUUACAAAGAUUAAUAUUGGCCAUGAUAGUGAUGAUAGUGAACAAAAUUGGUUUUUAAAAUCAGUUCAAAUUGAAAAGAACGAUGAACAUUAUACAUUUACCGCUAAUCGAUGGCUAAGUAAAGAAAAAGAUGAUCAAAAAACUUAUAUCGAUCUUACACCAGAUGGACGUAAAACGCCACCAUCAUCACCAGUAUCUCCGAAAGAUCAAGCUACGUAUACUAUUACGAUUGUAACCAGCUCCGAAGCUGGUGCUAGCACAAAUUCUGGCGUUCUAAUGACAAUAUUUGGUGAUAAAGAUCAAACAAAACAAUUUCCAUUAUUGAACACAAAGCAAGGUGAUAAACCAUUGUUUGAAUCGGGGAAAACAAAUGAAUUCGAAAUGGAAUUAGAUGAUGUUGGCGAUAUUAAUAAAAUUAAUAUUGGCAUCGAUGGACAAGGUGAUCAACCUAGUUGGCAUUUAAAAUCAAUUCAAAUACGAAAAGGAUCCGAAAAUUACAAUUUCACUGCUAAAAAAGUUCUCAAUCAAUCAACAUCAUCUAUUGAUUUAACACCUGGUCCAGCUAGAAAAACACCUAGUCCAGAACCUGUUAAAAUAGAAACACCACGUAGUCAUACACCUGAACAAAAAGCUCCACCUGUUAAAGAAAUAUCAUAUAAAGUUUUAGUUUGUACUGGUUCAGAUCAAAAGGAUAGCAUUAAUGAAGAUGCUGAUUUUUAUAUAAUAAUUCAUGGACAAAAAAAUCAAACUAAAAAACUCUAUCUUAAAGAAGCUACAAUAUCCGAUAAAAAAGAUUUAUUUAAAAAAGAUGGAAGCACAGAAUUCGAAUUUAAAACAAUCGAUGUUGGAAAAAUUGCAAAAAUUGUCAUUGGACAAGAUGAUUCUGACAGUGAUGCUAUCUGGCAUGUAGAUAAUGUUACAAUCAAGCGAGCUAAUGAAAUAACACCGUUUAACGUUGAAAAAACAAUCGAACGUAAUUCUCAAGUUGAAUUAACACCGUCGGCCAUACCGAAAAAGACGGAAGCAACUUAUAAGAUUCUUAUCAGAACUGGUCCGUCUCAGGGAGAAGGCAACGACAAUAAUUUAAACAUAACAAUAUUUGGAAAAAAUAGUCAAACAAAACAAAUAACACUUAAUGCAACAACAAAAACAAAUAAAAAUACUCCAAUAAAAAAAAACGAUAAAGUCGAAUAUGAAUUUAAAACGAAUGAUGUUGGAAAGAUUUCAAAAAUCGUUCUUAGUCAAGAUUCAAAUGAACAAACACUUGUAUGGGAUAUCGAUAAUAUAACAGUCAAACGAAAUAAUGAAACGACAACCUUCACUGUCGAACGUAAACUAGAAAAAGAUGCUGAAAUUGAAUUAAAACCUUCGCCUGUACCUAAAAAAACAGGAACACCUCGCAAAGCAUCUAAGUCAUCCGAUUGUGUACCGAAAACAAUUGUGAAAACGAAAGAUGCGAAUUAUGAGAUUAUCAUAUCGACAGGAAAUCAAGCUCUCGAAGCUUCAGCAGCAAUAAAAAUUCAUGGUGACAAUGGUACAGUUCGUAUACCAUUGACAGAAACAAAAAGUGGUGAUAAACCUUUUCAAUCGAAAUCAACAAAUGAAUUUACAUGUGAAACAAAUGAUGUUGGAAAAAUCAAACGUAUUAUAAUAGAACAUGACGGAACGGAUACUGAUGUUAUUUGGCAUUUAAACUCAGUUCAAAUCAAAAAAGGAAGCGAGACUUAUAAUUUUCAUGCGGAUAUACAUCUUGAUUUUAAAGAAACCAAGGUGAAUCUUUAUCCUAUUGGCGCUUUAUUUGGUCAUUCACGAGAUGAUUACGUACAAAGUGAAUUACGUCGAUUGCGAGAGUCUCUUCGAGCUGAAUCAUCCAAAUUUCGACCACCUAUACACAAAGCUUAUGAACCAUUUGUUUACAAUGAUUUAGGUCCAUAUUUUGAUACGAGUUCAGUGGAAAAGGCUAUUUAUUCACCAUUAGAAGCUCCACCAGGUUAUUAUACACGAUUGACAGCACUUCGUAUUGUUGAACCAUGGGAAACAUAUGGAAUGGAUUAUGCUGUUAAUUAUCAAAUAAUAAAACAACGUGCAGGUCGUAGUUUUAGCAGUGGUAAACGGCCUAAAAAUAUUUCACAAAGUGGUAUUAUGAUUAUUCCACCCGUAGCAUUACCUUAUGGUAAUACAAUAAAACGUAUUAAUACACUCGAGUUCGAUCGUGGGCAACACGAACGAGCACGUUCAUCUAAACUUCAAUCUCCAUCACGACAUAAUACUCACCACGAACAAGCUCAUAUAAUUAAAAUGAAUCCCUAA